AUGAAGGGUCUUCUGGCAGGAAUUUUGCUCCUGCGGGCCAUCAACGCCCAGGGACCCGCCGCUUCGUCAUAUGACGACGUUGUCGACUAUCUGGCGAACUUGGAUGAGCGCGAAGACCCCAUCAACUCAAUCGGGAACCAGGCGUGGGACUUCAGCGGUGCUGAACCCAAAUAUUUCUUCGGACAAGGAAGGGACGACCAACGCGAUCCUCAGGAUGCCCUCCCCCAGGGUGGAAGGAAGCCACACCAUGACGGCGACUCGGAUUCUGACCGCGACCACAAGAAGAAGUGCCCCAAGUGGUGCAAACACGACGACUCUGACGAUGACGAUGACGAUGACGAUGACCGCGACUCUGACCACGACCGUGACUACGAGAACGGCCGGGGCAAGAAGAAGUAUGUGCGUCCUCCAUCUGUUCGACAGCGACGCGCCGCCCCUGCUCCCAACGGCCUGCAGGGCUUCGACUGGCCAAGGGCGGAUGACGGCCCUUCAGACAGGAGCAGCGCUCUCCGCCGCCCCGAUGACAGUGAUCCGGACGACGACGACGACGACGACGACGACGACGACGACGGUCAUGGCAAGCAUAAAAGCAAGAAAUGCCCCAAGCACUGCCGCCGCCCUAAGCCCACCACGCGUACGCACCAUCCUUAUCCCACACGCACGCACCGUCCUCAUCCCACUUCGAAACCCACGCACCAUCCUCGUCCCACCCGCAAGCCCUACACCCAGUACGUCACCGACACCCUGACUGAGUACGUCGACCGUCCCUACACCACCUUCAUCACCGAAACCUCGGUCGAGGUCGACACCGUCACCUACACCGUCCCAGGACCAGGCCCGGAUCCAGAACCCACGGCACUCUCGGCAAUCUGUCCCCGCAAGUGCAAUACCUCGCCUCUGCUGAACAAGUGCGAUAUCACGACCCAUUGCGAACACACGACCGGUUACUGCACGUGCAGGGCUGGGUAUCGCGCAAGUGGGUAUAGUCCUAGCAACUUCUAUGUGCAGUUCCGUGUUACCGAUGAUCCGAAUACGUUGGCUUAUGUUCGGGUGGGCGAGGGAGUGGUGUGUGAUCAGCCAUGCAGGGAUACGCUUUGCACGGAGGUCAUAGUUAGAAAUCAGUGUUAA